GCAGACACGCACGUCAUCCCGUGGGGUCUGUGCGCGACAAAACGCAUGCAGCGUCCGCAGAUUGUCAUUGGCGACAAAUUAGUGUUCAAGUGGGCGGACCUGUUCUGGCAUGACCUGUGGAUCAUGGACGAUGAGGCGGUAUUCGAUAAUUGCAACUUCAAGCGGGCAAAGCGCCUUCGACCCCUUGUUGUUGGUGUGCAGUACAU